GCCCCACCAUGAGCGAUGUCAUGGAGAAGACGUUGUCGGCGCUGCCGAGCCUCUUGUCUCUGGACACCUCGGGCGGGUCGGGGGGCGGCGGCGGCGGCGCCAGUCUCUCCGCCUCCUCCAGGCUCGGGGCCUUGAUCCGCGGCCUCACCGACCUGGCGUCCAAGCAGGAUGAGGAGAAAUUGAUAAAGAAGGAAUUAGCUGCCUUAAAAGAACAAGUUUCAUCUCCUUCCACAUCAUUGAAGCAGAUGAGGCAGUGCAUGGUAAGACUCAUCUACUGCGAAAUGCUGGGUUACGAGGCCUCCUUUGGAUACAUACAUGCUAUUAAGUUAGCUCAGCAAGGCAGCCUGAUGGAAAAGAGAGUUGGCUAUUUAGCUGUGUCGCUCUUUCUCAAUGAAAGCCACGAACUGCUCCUUCUACUGGUGAACACAGUCCUGAAGGACCUACAGAGCUCUAACCUGCUUGAGGUUUGCAUGGCUCUGACAGUUGCCAGCCAGAUUUUCCCACCUGACAUGAUCCCGGCCGUCCUUCCUCUGGUUGAAGAGAAACUACUGCAUUCUAAAGAAAUAAUCAGAAGAAAGGCAGUCCUCGCCCUGCACAAGUUUUAUCUUAUUGCUCCCAAUCAAGUCCAGCACAUUCAUGACAAGUUUAGGAAAGCUCUGUGCGACAGGGACCCAGGAGUCAUGGCUGCCUCUCUUCACAUCUACCUGCUGCUGAUUAAGGAAAACCCGGAAGGUUAUAAAGAUUUAACAGGGAGUUUCGUAACCAUUCUCAAGCAAGUGAUUGGAGGAAAGCUUGCCGUGGAUUUCAACUACCACAGCGUGCCAGCACCGUGGCUGCAGAUACAACUGCUGAACAUUUUACGAUUACUGGGAAAGGAAGAUCAGAGAACGAGCGAGCUUAUGUACGAUGUUUUGGAUGAGUCCUUGCGCAGAGCUGAGAUGAACCACAACAUAACAUACGCUAUUCUGUUCGAGUGCAUACAGACGGUUUAUACCAUUCACCCGAAAUCCGACCUGCUGGAGAAAGCAGCCAAGUGCAAUGGCAAAUUUAUCUUAUCCCCCAAAAACAACCUGAAGUACUUAGGGUUAAAAGCACUUACAUAUGUAAUCCAGCAAGAUUUGAAUCUCGUACUUCAACAUCAGAUGACGAUAAUUGACUGCCUGGAUCACCCUGAUCCCAUUAUAAAGCGAGAGACAUUGGAGCUGCUGUAUCGAAUCACUAACGGGCAGAAUGUGACCGUCAUAGCGCAAAAAAUGCUAGACUACCUGAGGCAAAGCAAAGACGAAUACGUCACCAUCAGUUUAGUUGGUAAAGUAGCGGAACUGGCUGAAAAAUAUGCCCCCAAUAACGAAUGGUUUAUACAAACCAUGAAUGCAGUGUUCUCAGUUGGGGGAGACAUAAUACAGCCAGACAUCCCAAACAACUUUCUGAGACUGCUUGCUGAAGGAUUUGAGGAUGAAGCAGAAGAUAAAGCGUUGAGGCUUUAUGCAGUGAACUCUUACCUUGCCCUUUUGGAAAAGGAUAAUGUACAUUACCCUCAGCGAUUCCUGCAGGUUAUGAGCUGGGUGCUGGGAGAAUAUUCCUACCUCAAAACUGACGUCAAACCAGAAGACACCAUACAGAAACUACUGCGCUUACUUGAACAGAGCUCGACGAGCUCAGAAACCAAAGCUUGGAUCCUGGCUGCAAUCACUAAACUGUUUCGAUUGACCGUAAACACUAACCUCCUCUCCAAAAUUGUCCACAACUACAGCAGUUCCAUGGAUUCUUGUCUGAGACAAUACGCUUUUGAGUUGAAGCAACUCGUUGAGAACAAAGAGACGAUGAACAGUGUUUUACGUCUGGAUGCAAGCUGCGAGGACACUGUGGUCGAUGCUUCGCUGUCCUUCCUGGACGGUUUCGUUGCUGAAGCUCUGGGUCGUGGCGCUGCACCUUACAAGCCACAUCACCAGCGGCAGGAAGAACGAAUGUCCCAAGAGAAGGUGUUGAACUUUGAACCAUACGGACUAUCGUUUGUCGCAGGCCCUCAGUCCUCUAGUGCCGCAGGACGCCAGUCCCCAACAGGUCUGUCCUUCUGUUCGGAGCCGUCCUGCAGCAGCACAGACGGUGGUGGAGUAAAAGACUCAAAUAGCCUGAAGCUUGAUGGUGUGAAAAAAGUGUGGGGAAAAGAGGGUUACCUUCGCAGGAGGGAGGCCAAGGAGGAGGCUGGGGGAAAAGCAAGCCCAGCUCCCGAGGGUAAACCGACAGAACAACCCGCUGCCACCCCCUCUGCAGAAGAACAAGAGAAGCAGCAACUGGCAUCAUCGCUGUUCGUCGGGUUGGGAUCGAACAACUCUGUCAAUCUGAUGGGAAAGCUUCAGAACCCCACUCAGAAAUUUCAGAGGAAAUCGAAGAUGACCGAGGGGCAGAACAACCAAGGAAAGAAGCCAGGUCUUACGUCCCACUCUCCAGUUCUCAACCUACUAGACAAUGGCGUUCUGGAAAACUGCGUCCCUUUCCAAGAAAAUAAAGCGGAAAGUUUACGGAAAGGCAGACUGGCGUCUGGAGAGCAUCCACUGGAGUCCAAACCGUGGGUUCCCAGGAAGGACUCUGCUGCUGUCGAGGCGGUUCCAUCCGCUUCCGAGGACUCCUCGUCAGGUCUGUUUGCGGAUGGAAAUAUCGAAAUCCUACAGCCUCGCAGCGCCGAGCUGAGUGUGUUGACCCCUGAAGCCGCCUCCGGUCUGGCUGCGGUGGACCUGCCGGUGGAGAUUUCCGAGCACGCGCACUCCAAGCUGUGCCACGUGUGCGCCAACGAGACUGUCGCCGUGUUCUCCUGCCGCGUUUGGAAAGAGGACUGCCUGCUGACGCUCCUGUUUCUCACCAACCACAGCAGCUCCGUGCUUACUGACGUCACGGUCAUUUUGUCCAGCACUCUGCCCCUCUGGCAUAGCACCGUGCUGGGCUACUACACCUGGGCGUGCGAAGACACUCGCUUCCCCUUUGCGGUGGUGGAUUCCCAGACUACAGUCAGCUGCCAGCUCAGCCUGCGAAUGGAGAAACCUUGCACGCAGGUGGCACUCUCGGGUCACGUUGUUUACCACCUGGAGUCCCGUCUGUCUGCCCAGGAGGAGUUCUCACUGAGCCUGUCACUAACCGAUUUCAUCAGGCCGCUGAGACUCUCCACCGAAGAGUUUGGGCAGCUCUGGCUCUCGCUGUCUAACGAUGUAAAGCAGAAUAUCAGAAUGCCAACGGAUUCCUCUGGCGCUCUGUCCUCAGCCCUCCACAGGCUGCAGCACGAACUCAGGCUACACAUCGUGGACAUUAUAGGACAAGAGGGGAUUGCUGCGUGCCAAUUGCUUCCAGACACCCCCUGCUUACUUCACUGUCGAGCCCAUGCUGGGACUUUAUCAGUGUGGCUGCGAUCAGCCUGCCGUGCGCUUCCAGACUGUUUGCUGUACGAGUGCCAAAAGGUGACCGAAAACGUAUAAACUUUCAGAGAGCUCUUUUAUUCCCCCACCCUCCGCACACUUUAUUAUUUCAUGAUGAAUGAAAGAAAGAAAAAUCAAGCCUAGAAUGCGUUUACCUGGGUUGGAGCUUCUGGGCAAAACAAAACAGAAAAACCGUAAAGGAACCAACCACUUGUGAUGUUCGGGUUCCGAGAUGGUUAGUUUGCUGGGUGUGUGACCACUUGACAGGCAGAGACAGGGAACGUGAAGAUUCACUGUGGAACUGGCCAUUCACUCACAGGAUCUUUGUCCUAUCUUAACCAACCAACUAACGUCUUCUUGCUGGUUUAUAUCUGAAAGUGUCUCAGACAUUUGACAAACAGCUCGCAAAGUUUUACACUGACAAGUUCCUUCGAGUAUUUUAAAAAAAAUGUUUUUAAACGAACGUGGGAGACGAGAUAAUCUGUUCGAACCUGUUCUAAUGUCAGCAAGACACAGCAGUGGGGGUUCAGUGCAUUCAAGUAUCGGAGGAGGGAUUUUUUUUUAAGAAAAAUAGUUUUGAAAAUUCACAGAAGGCCUGGUUGUUUGAAAGUUUGGGCAUGAGUUAUGGUACAUGAAACAAAUGCUGACUGUUUUUUUUAAUAAAAAACAGAUACAGAUAACAGGAGCCUUGAAAACCUAAUCUAUCUGUUCAGUGUGUUUACAGUUAACAAGGUAACUAAGUUCUCAGAUGUUCCACCAAAGUCCACAGCAGAUUUGUUGCACCCAGUGCAAGUCCUGCGAAGAUGGUUGCAUUUGAACACAAAGCAGCCUGACACACACACAGAAGGUGACCAUUUAGUACGAGCGCCUUAAUUCCUAAACAGAGAAGAGAGAUUGGACAAGAAUGUUACAAAUGUUUUGUCGACCGAUUGAUGUUUCCCUUUGCCCGAUUCAGGCAGAGAGGAUCUGCUCUGGAGUGUUGGGCUGAAAGUACAAAAAAAGGUGUGAAUUGUGCCUUCGUGGAUUUGAAAAAAAGCACCUCCGUUUAUAUUCCUCUAGCGUUGUGGUUAUGUCAUCACAAGAGCUGGACUAGGUUGUUGCACUAUGGAAAGUCGAUUAGCUUCUUGUUUCUUGCACUGUCUUAACAAUAUAAAAUAAAAGGAAAAUCAGGGAUGUGUUUUUAUGCUGUACUAUUACAGAAAGCUGGCUCAACGGUGCAUGGAAUUGUAUAGUAUUAUUGUAUAGUAUUAUCGAAGACUAACCCAAAGCCUUACCUCUAUAAAGAUAGGUUUGUACCUGUGGUACAAUUUGCUGGUUUAAGAAUGGAUAUGUAUCGAUUAUAUUCUAAGUGUUUCAUUAUGUUUUUGUUUUCCAGAAGUAUGUGUCAUUGAAUAAAUGUGCACACUUGA